UGUUGACUGUCGACUCCAAAAUGCACUUUUAGUACUAGAAUAAUGUGUUGUAAAACAAAAUUAUUAUAAUUUGUUGAUUUUUAAAUUUUUAGUAACUUUUGUCGCAUUACAUUAAUGACGACGAAAAAUAGUAACGAUGUUAAAGAAGCUAUUUUUCAUUAUUUAAAAAUCGAAAUAAUUACAUGCGGUAUCUUAGAGGUUAGAUAAUAUAUUUAAAGGUAAUCGUAAAACAAAAAUGUAUCAAAAAAUUCAAAUGGGUAAAGACGAUCAAACAGUCGGUGUAGAUGAUACAAAAGCUAAUGUAAAAGAGAUUCGUCUGCUUUGCUUUGACAUUACCCAUUACAAUGUUAAAAUACAGUUGCUGCUGUGCAGUUUAGGAAUAUUUAUUUUUUAUAUCCUAUAUGGCUAUCUGCAGGAAUUAAUAUUUACCUUGGAUGGAUUUAGACCAUUUGGUUGGUAUCUAACCCUCAUACAAUUUGGAUAUUAUACAGUGUUUGGCUGGACAGAAUGUCGAUUAAGAAGUGUAAGCAGAAGAAUCCCAUUCAGCACAUAUUCUUUACUUGCACUCCUCACCUUGGGCACUAUGGGAUUUUCAAAUUCAUCCUUGGGGUACUUGAAUUAUCCUACUCAGGUUAUAUUCAAGUGCUGUAAGCUGAUUCCAGUACUCAUUGGCAGUAUCUUGAUUCAAGGAAAACGUUAUGGUUUUCUGGAUUUCCUAGCUGCUGGUCUCAUGUGUUUAGGACUGAUUCUCUUUACACUUGCAGAUAGCAUGAUAUCCCCACGAUUUGAUCUGGUGGGAGUAGCAAUGAUUAGCUGCGCCUUACUUUGCGAUGCGCUCAUCGGAAAUAUUCAAGAGAAAGCAAUGAAGCAACACAAGGCCUCAAAUAUAGAGGUCGUUCUCUACUCGUACAGUAUAGGAUUUUUAUAUCUCUUUAUUAUAUUAACGUUUACAGGAGAUAUUGUGAAAGGAGCUUCAUUUUGCAGCAAUCAUGCAUUGGAAACAUAUGGCUAUGCCUUGCUAUUUUCACUAUCCGGCUACAUUGGCAUUCAAAUCGUUCUCACCUUAGUCCAAACUUGUGGCGCCUUUGUAGCAGCAACAGUAACGACUUGCCGUAAAGCGGUGACAAUUAUAAUUAGUUUUCUAUUUUUCUACAAACCAUUUACAUUGCAAUACGUUUGGUCCGGACUGCUUGUUGUUCUUGGUAUUUAUUUAAAUAUCUAUAGCAAACAACACUCGUCGAAAAUUGGCUGGAAUGAUAUCUGGCGUGCUAUUAAAAAGUGCAUCAAGCGACAAAAUCGCAUACAGCGAAAACUCUUGUCAAAUGUUUAGAGACGGAUUUCUCUUAAAUGUUCAAUUGGUUUUUCUUUACUGACAUUAAAAAUAAUGAGGUCUUGCAUUUGCGUAUAUAUUUGAAAUGGUUCAAUCGAAUUCAAUUAGAUGAGCUUAUAUGCCAGUAGAAUAGUGCCAUUUCAUUACCAACUUGAUUGAAGCAUAACUUUGCAAAUAAUUGCAAAAAUUUUAAAGAAGACUUAUUGAAAAUUUGAUUUUCCUGUGAUAGAUAUGAUUGUUCAUAUCCCACUUACUAUUGAAAAUUCGUUGUUGGCUUUAGAGAAGUAUUCAUUAGAAAUUCAUCUUGAUGUUACUUUGUGCCCCACGUUUUUAAUAAUGGGCAUCAGAGUCGAUAAAUACUUUUACACGUAUUGAAUAAAAAAAAAAUCUUUUUUAUAGAUACAUUAUGAUUACGAUGAUUUGAGUAUUUAAACUUUUACAAAUUUACAUUGCAGACUUAAUUGCUUCAACCUACUAAGUGAUUAUAUAUAUUUAAGAAUAAAUUGCUAGUUUAUUACAUAGCUCUAUACAGCUUUACUGUACUAUUAAUUCUUAUAAUCUUAAAUUUUUGAAAAAAUAUGUAAAGAUGAGUUCAUCUUAUAAAUUUGUACAUAUAAUAAGUUGAUUACAUUUUAUAGAAAUA